GUUUAUUUCACUUGUCGCAGCGCCGCUUGUGUGCAGCUUUUCUCGUUACCGCCUUGUGUUCAUCUACUUGCAGUGGCAGUCGGCCGCUCCGCUAUGGCUACCAUGGUAUCCACGUGUAUUCUACGAAAAGUACACCACUUGUCGACCAUGUAUACGCUAUUAGCGACAGCAUGGCUGCUGGCGGCCUCAGAAUACGCGGCAUCAAUGGCUAUCUCAACGGAUUCCGUAACAACGCCGCCAAACAUCAUCUUCAUUGUGGCUGAUGAUCUGGGCUGGAAUGACGUUAGUUUCCACGGCUCCGAUCAGAUUCCUACGCCCAACAUCGACGCCUUGGCAUACCACGGCGUCAUCCUCAACAGUCAUUACGUGCAGCCUGUGUGUACGCCUUCGAGAUCAGCUCUCAUGACUGGGAAGUACCCUAUUCGCACAGGUAUGCAGGGGCAGCCCAUUUCUCCCGCUCAGCUUCGCGCGCUGCCCGAGGGCAAGAUCCUGCCGCAGUACCUCAAGGACCUGGGCUACGUCACCAGAGCUGUGGGCAAGUGGCACCUCGGCCAUCACUCAAAGAAGUACACGCCAACGUACCGCGGGUUCGACUCACACCUCGGCUACUGGAGUGGUCUGGUUGGCUACUAUGACUUCAUAAUCCAAUCUGGAAACAUGAGCGGCUACGACAUGCGCGACAACAUGCGGACGGCGUGGGAGUACUCUGGCCGCUACGUGACGGACGUGUUCACGGAGGAGGCGGAGAGGCUGAUAGCUGAGCACGACACUGCCAGGCCGCUCUUCCUCUACCUGGCGCACCUCGGCUGCCACGCCGGAGUGGCCGCCAAGUGGCUGGACGCUCCGCAGCAGGUGGUGAAUGCCUUCGGCCACGUCUCGGACCCCAACCGCCGGCUCUACGCAGCCGUGAUGUCAAAGGUGGACGAGUCGGUUGGACGUGUGGCGGCGGCGCUGCAGCAGCGCGGCAUGCUGGAGAACUCCAUCAUUGUCUUCAUUGCCGAUAAUGGCGCCCCUUCGUCAGGCCAGUACAACAACUGGGGCUCCAACUAUCCACUGAGAGGGAUUAAGAACACCCUGUGGGAAGGCGGAGUGCGAGGAGUCGCUGCCGUCUGGAGCCCGCUGCUGGACAACACGCCCAGGGUGUCCAACCAGCUGAUGCACAUCACAGACUGGCUGCCCACGCUAUACGCAGCAGCAGGAGGCAAUGCAUCUUCCCUUCCGGAGGACCUGGACGGCGUGAAUGCGUGGCCUCAGCUGGUGACUGGCUUCGGAUCUCCGCGGUCGGAACUGCUGAUCAACGUCGACGAAGUGGUUGGCAACGCCGCCAUACGACUGGACGAUUGGAAGCUCGUCAGAGGCCGGCAGAACAGCGCUUCCGACACUGGCUACCAGGGGUCGACUGGCCGGGAGGACGCUGUCUACACCCCAGUCUACACUCCAGAGCAGGUGCUGUCCAGCGCCGCGGGCCGGGCCAUCUCCAGCGCUCUGGGCAACUCCACUCCAGCCAAGGUGAUGCUGAGGCUCCGCGCAGAGGCCACCGUCUCCUGCCCUGACCGCCCCCAGCAGCCGCGGUGCGCCGUCGUCAACGGCAGCGACGUUUGCGUCUUCAACGUCACCCGCGACCCGUGCGAGGCGGGCGACGGCGUGGCCUCCGAGGAUGUGCUGUCCAUGCUGUUGGAGCGCCUGGAGGCGCUGUCGCAGCCGAUGCUGCCCCAGCAGGACUCGACCACGUACCCCGACCUGGCCGACCCCAGGCGCUGGAACAACACCUGGGUGCCCUGGAGCGACUGCCUCGUCGACGCUACGGACGAGGCCUGUAACGCUGUCGCAAACACCACAAGACUGAUCAGCGUAGUAUGACCGCAGAAUCUACACGACGGCUGAUGGCGUCACAGCCGAUCUGUAACUGCCCUCAGCCAUUGAGAUUGAGUCUUCUUACAGAUGCCUUGCCCUUACAUAAAGUGGGAUAGUGAUAACAUACGUAAUUCCUGCAGAGAGCAUAACUGAGUGCCGAUACAGUUACAAUAGUUGGACUCAGAAGCAAGGUUUCUGCCACUUAUCUGCCUCCACGCUUAAUCUAAUCUUAAUUUCUCUAUACUACCCUCUAAUCUCCCCCUAUCAUGCUUGGUCCCUCUCUUUUAUUCUUCCUUCCUCUGCCUUUCAACGUGAACUGCCGCUAUCUGAAAUUACUACAGUUUUGUAAACGAAAAUCACAAAAUUGAGGAUGUUCUAUAGUACUGGUGCGUUUUGUUGACCAGUUUUAGACUUAUAAGGACGUCAUUAGCCUGUCGCUGUCAAAAACAAUGCAAUACUGGUGAACAACCUCACAAACAUAUUACACAUGGACGCCGAGGAGCAAACACAGAGUAAAUGUCAUCUUCGACCUCGCAGUGGCAACGUAACUGAAAAUGUUAACGGUGAACGGUAAAUAAAUGGAACUAACUACAAAAACAUAUAAAACGAAUUAUCAAGUGUGUGUGUGGGGUGGGGGGGAUUGCACUCGUAUGUAAGGAUAAGCUGGAAGAAAAGACAACGUUGGCCGAGAAUUACAUUUCACGGACGAGAAGAUCUACGUGUGGUAGAACAGCCAGAAAACUUUUCUUUUUCGGUGUUUACUCAAGAUAUCUGUGUUUUGUCACAUUUAUAUAUUUACUCUUUCACAUUACCGCUUUCAAUUGUGUUACCACUGCCCUGUCAAUGAUGACAUUUACUGUACUCUCUGGUCGCACCUUACUCCCCAUUUGUAACAUAUUUUUAGAGCUGUUCACCAAACAAUACUGUACCCUCUUUGACGAUGACCGUCAAUUAAUUGUGAUGAUGGCCUUGUAAGCUAAAAACCGGUCAGCCAAAUAAAUUAGAACUGUAGAAAACCCACAGUUUUAGCCUUUCAUUUACAGUUAUGAAUUUGUUCUGCCAAGAACCAAUGGAAGAUUCAGUUAACACGAAAUUACUACACAACGAACUGUGUCCUAAGGGAUGAUAUCCAGCUCCACUCAAGAUAUAUCUGAGACAUAAGCCUUUUCGUUUCCUUUAAAUACUUGUGGCAUUUCAUUGUUCAUAUCGAAUAAUAAAAUUAUGUAUGCAUGUAUGCCUGGUA